AGAGCUGUUAAACGUUUUGUAAGAAUGUAAUGUUGCCAUAUUAGUGGCUCACGUAUUUGUAUAAAGCAGUGGUUUAUAUUCAUUUGAAUAUAUUCAUAAUGUUUUCCAAUAAAGGUUCAAAAAUAAAACGAGUUUUUGUAUUUUAUCGAACUCCACAACAGAUGGCGCACUCAUAUUUUGCCUAAAAGGAAAUGUGAACAAGAAAUUCAGUUGGCGAAUUCCAUACAUUUUUUUGACGUGAUACAUAUGCGUAUAUCCUAGAAUUAUUUGUUCAGCAAAGAAAGAUGCAAAGCAUGGCCAUGUUUGGACAGAUAAUAAAGAAGAGCUUUCAUCGUGGCUUGCGUACACUUUCCAGUGUGCCACACCCAGCAGCAACUGAAAGAAAACAAGCAAGUGGAAUCUGUUUUGAACUGAGUGAUACUCAGAAGGAUCUGCAGGAAUUAGCACGGAAAUUCUCUAGAGAAGAGAUUGUCCCAAAGGCUGCUGAUUAUGAUCGGUCCAUGAAGUUCCCCUGGGAUAUUAUCAAGAAGGCAUGGGAACUAGGUCUGACAAAUUACCACAUCCCUCAGCACUGUGGUGGUCUGGAUCUUACAUGUUUUGAUGAGUGUCUGAUUGCAGAGGAAAUUGCAUAUGGUUGUUCUGCUGUUGAAACUGCAUUGGGAGCAUCUAGCUUAGGACAAAUUCCACUAAUCGUCGCCGGCAAUAAGGAACAGCAGAAGAAGUUCUUAGGAAGACUGGUAGAAGAGCCGCUCGUUGCAGCCUAUGGGGUCACAGAACCUGGAGCAGGAUCAGAUGUAAAUGGAGUGAAAACUCGAGCUGAGAAGAAAGGAGAUGAAUACAUCAUAAAUGGUCAGAAGAUGUGGAUUACAAAUGGAGGUGUUGCUAGCUGGUACUUUGUUCUGGCACGAACAAACCCAGAUCCCAAGUGUCCUGCUGGUAAAGCAUUCACUGGAUUUAUUGUUGAUCGGGAUACGCCAGGCCUUACUCCAGGAAGAAAGGAAAUCAACAUGGGUCAGCGCUGCUCUGACACAAGAGGAAUCACAUUUGAGGAUGUUCGUGUGCCUAAAGAAAAUGUUCUGCUGGGUGAAGGGGACGGAUUCAAGAUUGCCAUGGCAGUUUUUGACAAGACUCGACCUCCGGUUGCGGCUGGUGCUGUAGGAGUAGCACAGAGGGCCCUUGACGAAGCAACAAAGUAUUCUUUGGAAAGGAAGACUUUUGGCAUACCAAUUGCACAACACCAGGCUGUUUCAUUCAUGCUGGCUGACAUGGCAAUUGGUAUAGAGACAUCUCGUCUUGCUUGGAUGCGAGCUGCGUGGGAAACAGAUCAGGGCCGGAGAAACACAUACUAUGCUUCUGUUGCAAAAGCGCAGGCUGCAGAUGUUGCCAACAAAUGUGCAACUGAUGCUGUGCAGAUAUUUGGGGGUAAUGGUUUUAACACUGAAUAUCCUGUAGAAAAACUGUUUCGUGAUGCCAAAAUUUUUCAGAUUUACGAAGGCACGGCUCAGAUACAGCGACAUAUUAUCUCCAGAGAGCUCCUUGAAACAGCUAAACAGAAAGCUUAAAUGUUCAUAUUGGUACUUUGUACUAUCGUAACACGAUAAGGCAAGAUGUGUUUGAAGAGGAAGGACAGCUCGUCUGAGAUGAUCACUCAUCUCUUUUGUAAAGUUUACCACAUGAAGACAAAUUCAAGUUAGACAACUUGGAACUUCAGCUAAAAGCUUGUUCAAUUAGGUACUUCUGUUUUAAUUUUUUUGUGUGUUCUUUGAUCUGUCCAAAGAUAAAUUUGAUUUCUGUGAUAAUCUAAAAAAAAAAAAGAGAAAGUCUGGCAUGGAUACUACUGUACACAUUCUGCCUGUGUAUCUACCAUGUCCUGUUGUAUGGUAAUAGGCUUAUGAGAUGACCAUGCUGCCUGUGCUUGUAUAUAUGAAAGCAACUGGCUAGUAACUGUGCAAAAAACUGACAUUUAAGUAUUUUAGGGAAAGAAAAGAAGAAGAAGAAGAAGAACAGUAAUUAAAGUGAGGAUAAAUUUAAGUUCACAGAAGUUUCUUCACAUUACUCAGCAGGUUUAUUUAAAUAAAUUACUGUGUCACAUUGAAUCUCUGAAACACUGCUAGACACAUUUUAAAAUGAGCUUAAAUUUUUUUAAGAAAGUUAUACCUACUGAUAGACUGCAUUAAAGAAAAUGCACUGCAGGAUACGACUGGCUAAUUUAGACAGGUACAAAUUUUCCUGCAUGUGAGUGUGUUAAUCUAUAAUAUUGGCAUGUCACGACUACAUGCUCGUAAUUCUGAAUAAGUCAGUGAUUGUCAUAUUGAGCAUCUGAUCAAAAUACCUAAAAGAAAUUGUUUUUAUCAGCAAUAAGCAAUUUUUAUUAAAGUCUUGAAAUCAUUUGACAUAAAUGUCUUUCUUCAUCAGAGAUACAUGUAUUACAGCCUGCAUGAUAAUCAUGCCUCUACCCUGCAGAUCUGAAGGCUCCAAUGUAUAAAAUUUUCUGCUGAGCAAAUGAGGAAGAUGAUGAACAUUUUCAAUGCAAAUGGAGGGUUCAUAUGUUAAUAAUGGGUAAGUGGUCUGAUUGCAAGUUUGUGGUUAUUGCCAGGUAGGUCACUGCUAAGGUAUUUUGUAACCACUUGGUCUCAUAUGUAGCAAGGAAGGUGUAGAAUUAUGGCUCCGAUGACCUGCAUUGUUGCCAAUGGAAGAUUUUAGUUUUAUUUAUAUCAAGAAUAUCUGAAAAUUUAUAUUACAUGUUUGAACUUCAGAGAAGUGAGACUGAUAAUGAAACACAAGUUGCAGCCCUUCACUUUAAAUUAGGGAUGUGUAAACUAGUGAAAACUAAGGUCCUAUGACCUUGAAUGGUGUCAUAAGGGAGAAAAGCUACUGUAGGAAAUAGUGCAGUGUCCAUUGUUCACCAAAUUAAGGAUUUGAUUUGCCAAGAAUUUUAAAUGAGAUUUCAGGUCUUACCGUGACAAGUAUAAAGAUAACUCUUAUGGGAUGUUAUGGUAUGUAGGUAGUCGGGUAGAAAUUCACAGACAUCUCACCAUCAUCAGGGCCAUGAUGGAUGUCUUCAUUAAUUUUAGAUUGUAAACCAAUAAAUAACUACAGCUAUUUGCUGUUCAGGUUUAAUAACUGCAAGAUGUAUAUAUAUUUGACAUUGUGGAAAGAAAUGGUGAAAAAUCUUGAUAA